ACUGGGUUGUCCUUAAACCAGGCAUUCUUAACCCAGGGACUCUGUACUUAAAUAUUCUUAAUGGAACUGGUAAACAUGGAAGGGAAACAGAAACCACACAAAACAAAGGUAGUACCGCAGAGUAGUAUUCCCCUGGAAGAAAUCAGGAAAGUGUGGACCACCCAGAAAUAGGUCUCCCAUAAUCUUAACCUAUCAAAUUCCUAUGGCAACAAGCUAUCUUAGAUAUCAUUCUUCACUAAUUCUCUCAAUCUAAUCAAACCAGAACUGCUUUUUAGUACAUUCCUUUAACAUGAAUAAACUUAAAACACAUAUUUGAAACAAACUUUUUUCCUAAGUAAAUUCAUGAACAAUCCCUAUGCUCAUUCAUUCUUGAGUCUCCGAAUACAGUCACUUUUUCUGUACUUACCUCAUUCCCACCUAUCUAUUAAUUCACCCAAUAAAAUUUUCCUACAGUUCACAUUUCAUUUAGAAUGUUGCACAGUUUUUUCCCAACUUUGCCCUUGUUUUCAUUUCCACCAUUCACUAGGGUAUAAAAUACAACUAUUACCCACUUACAAAUUCUUACUUUCACAUGCACUCAAAAUAACCUAGAUGGAACCUGUUCAUACUUGCUGACAUACAUUUUAGUCCUUUCAUAAUUAAACCUACACUUUUACUUCCACACAUGUAUUAAUCAGCUCUAUUCCACAAAAUCACACUACUUCAUUGAUCUUUCUUUUAUUUUCACAAAUAUACAGCAUAACUAUUUAUUUCAUUCAUUAAUUCAUGAUCCUUAUCAUGUAUUUCUCUUACAUUUCAGGUUACAAUCUUCCAUGCAGCAGAAUCAUCAAGAGAUAACUCAUAAAUAUUGAUCUACACUGCCCAUGAUUUUGGUCAGCUGAGGCUUUCACAUAAUGCUUUUUAGCAAUAUAAAAAUAGAUUAGAUUACAAGUUAUACCUAUACCACAUGCUGCAUCCUGCUAAUGGUCAGGACACAAGUCUAAACUGACAAUUUGUUUAGAAUGCCACAAAUACAGCCAAAGUCCAAUUUUGUCUGAAGCAUGCUUAUCCAAUUCUAUGCAAACUAGGAUUUCUAAUCUAAAGACUGUCUUGCCAGCCAACAUAUUAUUAUUGCCUGUAUCCUAUAUACUAGGAGGCACGUGGAAUGUACUGACAUAGGAUACUAUAUCUUAUCCUUGUUUUAUUAUAUUUUUUCAUAAUCAUUUAUGCUAUGUCUAUUCAUUCAGGUUCAAAACACAUUUUUUCAUGGUUUAGUAAAUAGUUCUGUGCAAGUUGCACUUCUCACCUGUAACCAUCCUUCUACAUUCUUAUUACUGUUUUAAUUUAUCUAAAAUGGAAUAUAUUUUGUAUUUCUAAACAUUAUAUUCUUGUUAGAAAAUCCAAUCAAUGCAUAAUUUUCUUCACAUCAACUAAAGUAAAAUAGAAAAUGAAAUAUUAGAAAUGGGGGGGGUGAGGGGAAGGCUGUCCACAGAUUUAUAAAGUUAAUACAAAUUGAAUUGUAAUAACUUAUAGAAUGUGAAAAAAAACCUGCUAUUUUCUUUAUUCUGAUUCCUUUUUUGGUUAGUAUAUUGAAAGCCAAAGCUAGAAAUUACUUCAGCUAUUAUUAACUGCUAUAGCGUGGAUACACCUUAUAGGAAUCUAUUUUCAUUUGUUUUGCUUGGCCUCUUAUUGACAGAGAGCACAUUUAGUAUUUUUAACUGGUUAAUACAUUAUGAAAAAAUCAUUAGUAAUUCAAAAUGGUAACGUGAUUAAUCAAAUAAAUCAAAUUCCUCGUACAUUUAAUGACAAAUAAUUCCUAUAGAAUUGGCAGAAAUAUCCAAACUUUAAGGCGAUUAAAACCUUCAGCUUGUGAUAGCACACGUUUCUCGGGACUAGAAAUUCAACAACGGAAUUCCGUAGCCGUUUGUUGUAGGUGACCCAGGAGGAGCGAUCAGGAAGUAGCAACUGAAGAUUACUCGCGAUCUUAGGGCAAAAUGUAGCGAGCAAACGUGUGUUCGUGGUUUUCCAAUCGAGCGAACUGUUUAUCAGAAUAAGGACAUGCCACCGCUUCGGUUUCCUGCGUCCUCUUGCCGCGCCAGGCGCUCAUUUUCUCCGCAGAGGUGGGAAUAAGCGGUCGGUGCGGCGCGCGCUCCCCCCGCGCCCACGUCCUGCGCCUACCCUUGGGGCGCGCGCCCGAAGAGGCGGCGUUUCGGCAACAGCCGGGUAUUUGCGCAUAAGAGACAGGAAGUUCCUCCUGCGGCUUCGUUCUAACCCGCUUCGCUAAGAAGCUUCCGGUUUCACAGUUCGGGUUCUUGGUGGAGGAGGUUGGUGGAGGAGGUAGCUCAGAGGCUUUCCUGGUAGUCUGCUUAUUCAGUCUCUUCUUUUCUCACCUCCAUACCUGGACUAGAGCCCGACGUUCGGCCAAAAGGGAUGAGUUUUAUUAUCCCCCCGUGCCGCUUUUCACAGGUCUUUUUUUGAGGAGCUCUCCAAAGCCGGGGCGAGGGGGGAAUCACUACCGGAUGGAGCUCCCAUCGUGUUUUCUCCCUUCGGCACAAUUCUAAACAUUGAAGCAGUGACUUGUCUCCAAUGUGAGUUGAUUACUGUGGAAGAAUCACAGAUCUGUGAAUUUGGAAUUAGCAACUAGGAACAGUUAGUGAACAACAAGUGUACUACGUUGAAUACAAUGCUGCAGCAAGCAGAGACAAACUGUGACAGCAGAGAAAAUGCAGAUGUACAGAAGGUGGAAGAUUACAUUUCCAGAAACAGAAAGCUGUUGGGGAAAGAGUAUUGUACCCAAGAGUUGCGGGAGGAGACUCCAGGGAGAGAAGAACCCCGUAUUGAUCCACCUGAUGGCCAGCAAGACCCAGAAAAUGAGAAAAACAAAGAGAAAACUUUAGGAAAAGAAGUAUUGUUACUUAUGCAAGCUUUAAACACACUUGCUACUCCAGAAGAAAAGCUAGCAGCACUUUGCAAGAAAUAUGCUGACCUGCUGGAGGAGAGCCGAAAUGUUCAGAGACAAAUGAAGAUGCUGCAGAAGAAACAAGCGCAGGUUGUAAAAGAGAAAGUACACCUCCAGAGUGAACAUAGCAAAGCAAUUCUUGCACGUAGCAAACUGGAAUCUCUGUGUCGAGAGCUACAACGCCAUAAUAAGACUCUGAAGGAAGAAAAUAUGCAACAAGCCCGUGAAGAGGAGGAGAGACGUAAAGAAGCAACAGUACACUUCCAGAUUACGUUAAAUGAAAUUCAGGCACAGCUAGAACAGCAUGGUGUACACAAUGCAAAGCUCCGCCAAGAAAAUAUUGAACUGGGGGAGAAACUGAAGAAACUUGUAGAACAGUAUGCACUCCGAGAAGAACACAUGGAUAAAGUUUUCAAGCAUAAAGAACUGCAACAGCAACUAGUGGAUGCCAAGCUUCAGCAGACAACACAGCUUAUAAAAGAAGCUGAAGAAAAACAUCAGAGGGAAAAGGACUUUCUGUUAAAAGAAGCUACUGAAUCCAGACACAAAUGUGAACAGAUGAAGCAGCAAGAAGCCCAAUUAAAACAGCAGCUUUCUCUUUACAUGGAUAAAUUUGAGGAAUUCCAGACAACUAUGGCAAAGAGUAAUGAACUUUUCACAACCUUCAGACAAGAAAUGGAAAAGAUGACCAAAAAGAUUAAAAAACUGGAAAAAGAAAUAAUAGUGUGGCGUACAAAAUGGGAAAACAACAACAAGGCCCUCCUACAAAUGGCUGAAGAAAAGACAGUUAAGGACAAAGAAUACAAAGGUUUCCAAAUAAAACUGGAGCGUUUGGAAAAGCUAUGUAGAGCUCUUCAAACAGAAAGAAAUGAGUUGAAUGAGAAGGUGGAAAUUCUUAAAGAACAGGUUUCUUCAAGAGAAGCAGAUGUUGAUCUAGCUGUACCUAUAUUGCAAUCGUGCAUGCUCAACUCUCAUGAGAAGCUGGAGAUUUCUACGAAUAAAGAGCAAGAAGGAAUCCAACCAGGUGUUGAAACAAGAGUGGCAAACGAAAGUUCUGAAAAAACUGUCAGUUUGGUUUCCAUUCCUACCACAGAUUUUGUUGACUAAAAUGUAAACACUGUAUUAAGAGAUAUAUUUUGUGUAUAACUUUAACUGGUGGUGGUAACUAUUAGUUUUGUGGUGAAAAUUUUCUUACUUUUUCUACCAUAUCUGUAUUUUCUUAGAACAGAACAGAAUUUGCCUGGUACAGGAAGCUGCAUAGCAGCUAUUGAAUAGCUUAUCUAUAAAAAAAUCCACAACUGUAUUGCACAUUUGCCUUUUUUUAUACAAAAAAAAAUCAUUAAGGAUGCAUGCAGUGUUUUUCUUCUUGCCCAGUAACACAUUACCGUGUCAUAGAAGACCCACAUGCAGAUUUGUCAUCAUGUUAAAGGAACAGCUUUGAUCAGUGCUGCAGACUGAGCUUAAAUCUGUGUAGUAUAUUAAGGUUUUAAAACUGAGGUGAAAUUAUCAAAUAGUACAGCAAAAUACAAUUUGGCAGGUGACUGGCCAUACUGAUAUGAAAAAGCUGAAAAAUCUUACAGGGUUUAGUGUAGCUGCUAACUUGCCUACAGCUAUUAUAUAACUUUGCAACUGGAAAAACAGGGUGUACAAUUCAUAUUUCUCAGGAUUGUCUGAUAGUCAAUAUAAAUUAAGUAACUGUUGCCCUUCUUAUUAAAUUGAAGGAACUAAGGCAGAAAACAAGCAUUCAUAUUUUGUCUAAAUAGCCACUAACUUAAAUCCAGAUGUACUUUGAAUGCACUGCUGUUGUCGUAAUGAUUUUUUUUUUAAUGAGCUGUAAUCUAAAAAUUGCUCUCAUGCAUAGUUGCAGCUUAUAAAAUGCAACAAGAUUUUGGUUAGUGGUUACUAGAUAAAAAAUAUAUACCUUUGGGUUUGUUUUGUUUUGUUUUGGGGGGCAAUUAUUUCAUUCGGUUUGGUGCCUACUUAUUAUGUGAGCAUGUAUAAAAUGCAUCAUUACUGAAAAUGAACAACACUAUCAGUACAGGAAAUCCUAAGGUGUAUAUUUCACAGGAUACACAUUCUUAUAAAAACUGGUCUGUCCAUGAUAAAGUGUACAAAUUAUAUAGAUAAUUUAUCUAAUUCAAAAUACAAGAAGAAUAUUCUGGUCUUCUCAACUCUUACUUUUGUAAAAUGAACUGUCUUACUAGACAAAACAUAUACAUAAACAGAAGUGCCUUCUGAUAUCUAAGUUACUUUGAAUUUGGCACUUCAGUAUUUAUGUUGCUAACAAAUGCACAACGUACAAGGCUCCACUUUUUAAUUUGUUUUACUGUUUUUUGUACUGUGGUUAGAAUUAUGAAUGUAGGGUCAGUUGCAAAGGUUUAGGUAUCUCCCAUAAUCUGAUUUAAAAAAAAAAAACAGGGACCAAAAGAGUACUGCUAGGUUACAUGCUGCUGUUAACUCUGCCUACAUAUAUCAGCUUUCUAGUUGUUGCUAUUUGCGGCAAUGUAAAAAAUACCGAAUUCUGGUACCUAGUUUGGAUUCAUUUUCCUGAAGCUUUUCUUAUUUAAGCACACUAUUGAUAAAUUCUCUUUAUCUACCUGUAUACUCUUCUUACAGUUUAGUUGCAAAUUACUUGAAUUUAAGGCUUUACUGAUGUCCUAUCCUUACCUAGUACAAUAUACAGUGUGAAAUAUCCUAAUAGAAACAAAGAUUGAAGAAAACCUUUAGGAUAUUAAUUCAUACCUUUGAGAAAAAUCAAUUGACAUUAUUAGUGGACUUGGCAAGUCAUGAAUUGGAAACUGGAACUUGUAUUCUAGUUCUUAAAAUGAUUUUGCAUUCUCUUUUGUAUGAAUUCCAAGUUCUGUAAGGUAAAUGGUGUAUAGUGGAAAAUACAAAGCCCAAUUAUGCUGUCAUAAGCAUAAUGGAUACUAGAGAACCUUUCAUCAAACAAAUAUACAGCUAGAAGUGCAAACACUUUCAGCUUGUAGAAGAGCGAAAAUCAACUGAGAAAUUGGAUAGUGGAACACAUGCAUGUUGAAAGUAAAAAUUGCAAAGACAUUCCCUUCUAGGUACGGUACUUGGAUUAGUUUUACCUAUAGCCACAACUGGCCAGAUGCUUACUCUUAUUUGUAGGCAAGAGGAGUAUUUUUUUUUAAUCUGUUGCAAUUAUAGAUAUAGAAAAUAAACGUAUUGAAAUAAUGACAGCUUUUCAGAAGGCUUGCUCAUGCAAUUCUUCUCCAUCUUUUUCUUAAGUCUAAAUGAUGGUUUUGUUUAAAGUCUCGAGACAUUCCAUGCAUUGAGCAAUAGAGGGCUAGUAGAGAGGACAAGCUCAUUACUUGUCUCUUGCCAUAUAGUGGGAUACUGCACUGCCAUUUUUCUGCUGAUUUGUUCAAUGUACUUUAAUUGUACAGCUCAUGCUUAUUACAGGCAGCUAGCUGUGUGUAAAUUGAUAAUCAUGUGCUUAUAAAAAAAGAAAGCUAUUGCUUAUACCGUCCACUACUCCAUACCUCCAGUUGAUUUGCAUCCAAUGUGUUCAGUAUAGGGGGUGCACAAUUUUUACUAUUGUGUAACUUGGGCUUCAGAUACUCAGUAAAUAGUUAAGCCCUAGAAUCAUUUAGAACACAAAUAAAUACAUGCACAUUUUAGGGCUGUAUCUUUCUAAUCCAUUCUUUUCUUACACCUGGUUUUGUUGCAGUUCAAUUCUCAGGUGUUGCAGAAAAUCUACCUCUUCAGACCAUAGAUGGAAAUAACUGUGAAAAGUGAUGCAGAACUUUAGUUUGUGCUGAACACUGCUUUAUUAUUGCAACCCAUACCCAUGAAAAAUGCUGACUAAAUAGGCAGUCUUGGUUUUUGCUUUUCAGGAACAUUUUGUAGAAAUUUUUCACUAAUGUGAAACCGAAAUUUUAUCUACUCCGUUCUGUAUAGAUUAAGUAAAUAUGU